AUGAGGAUCGAAAUCACUCCCAUCACAUCGGCCGACAUAGCAUCUGCGGUGGAAUGCAUCCAGCUGGCAUUUGCAGACGACCCAUAUCAUCUGUGGGCUUUCGACACUCGGCUAGGCAAAUUCAACAAGCAGCGGAAUUUCGACAGUCUGAAAGCCAAAUGUGAAUGGGGCAUGCGCAAUGCACUGUUUUUCGUGGCGAAGGAUGCAGAUGACAAAGACGGGAAGGUAUUGGGAGUCAGCAUGUGGAUGAAGCCGAGAAACGUCAAUGAGAAGGAGACCUGGAGUGAAUGGCUCGACGGCUACAUCCUCUGGCUCAAACAAGGUUGGAAUCUUGUCAAGUACCAGGGCCACGGAGGUCUCAACACUAAACGGUAUUGGAUCUGGAAGCGUGAGCAGGCCAACGCUCAAUCCGAGAUUUGGACUGAUCCCAAUGGCUACUACUUCUGCAACAUUGUCACUGUCAGACCAGGCAUCCAAGGCAAGGGAAUUGGCCGGCAGCUUUUCGAGAUUGUCACCAAAAUGGCCGAUGAGGAAGGCCGAAAAUGUUACCUGGAGAGUUCCAAAGAGAGACCGAACAUCGCAAUCUAUGAGAAGAUGGGCUUUCAACUUGCCCGCAAGAUGGUCUGUGAAGAAGGCGGAGACGUGUGUGAUCUCUUCUGUAUGGUCAGAGAACCGCAAUCCAAGUCGUGA